AUGAUAGCGUUCGCCGACAAUGAGCCUGACUUUACGAUAGAGGCAUUUUUUCACCAAUUAUUCAACGCAAUUAGCACUAUGGAAAGUGAGACAAAAGUAGAGGAAAAGGUCGACGACGACAAGAAACCGGGUACCUCGGAGCAAAAGAAAGUGAAAAACACACCGAAAUUGGCGGAAUCGGCGAGCCCAGAUAAAAAGCACAAACUCAAGACGAAGACAUCCAACUACACCGACACUGUGAGCUUAUGCUGUGCGUGUCACCAAAAAACUCCACACUCUCAACUAUUCGUUUGUAUGAAAGAGGGAUGUGGAUACGCUUUGAAACAAACAAUGCCAAUCAUGUCACCAGCACUUUUCUAUCGUCGCGAGACGGUUUUCUGUGGAGCUUGUGCGUUUCGUGGUCUCCACGCACCACAUCGUGCUUUUUUGCGAGCAGCCGAACCGCUGGCUUUCUACACCGCUUCCCAAGAAGUCGGCACUCGUCUUGAAAUGGAGUUCGAAAAGUUCCAAAAACUCAGUGACACCCAUCCAGUCGACUACCACAUCAUGAAAGCGACGGGAAGCAGCGAACUGCCGAAAAUUCCCUUCGCCAAAUAUUUGGAGACAUCCAAAUCGAUUAUUGAGUGGCAUCGUAGACAGUCUCGAAUCUAUAAUGUACUUCGUUUGAUUAAGGAACAACGCGAGGAAGGUCAUCGAUUAGUGAAGAAUGAGGCGGAGAAGUUGCUGACAGCAUAUUCGAAAGUAUCGACGGAAUUAGAGCGCGAAACAACUGUCACGAUUACCGAGAAAGCGGAAGAGGCCAGAGUUCGUCUCGCUGAACACCGUCUGAAAAUGGGCAUCAAGCCAGUGGAAGAGGAGAAAUCCUUCUCUUCAGUAUCGUCUCGUUCCGGAAGAUCCAGUAAUGCAACUAAUCAAACUGUUCGUCAGAUGCCAUCGAAAUCUGAUAUGCAGAAGGCAUUAAAUGAUGUGGAUGAUGAAAUAACCGGGGGUAGAAUAUACACUUCGAUCAAAGUUGAAUCCUUUGAUGAGCCGAAGAAAGAAAUUGUUGAGGAGAAUGCUAAUUUUAUCGACGAAUCAGUGCCCCAAACAAUUAUUGUGAUGGGUCGUCGCUUCGAGAUGAUUCGUCGUUAUUCUUCAAUCAAAGACACUAUCGAACAACUCGCUGAUAUACUCGACAGCCGCAUUAAAUGUGUUCGUCACAGACAAAAAGUCGUCGAUCACAUGGAGAAGAACUACAAUAUCAAGUGGUCGCGUCAACUCAAAUAA